CUGAGAGCCUGGUAAUCCCAAACACCAAUUACCAAGUAAAUUGUGGAUUGUGUUGCCUUGUUCUGUACAAGGAUGUCAGUUGCGAAGAAAGCAAAAAUAGAAAGGAUCACUGUAGAUACAAGGCCCAGCUGUCAGUGUUAUUCUAUGGGUAGUGUUAACAUGUGUCAAAAACCAGAAGACAGUAAGAUAGACCUGAGACAAGAGGGCUCCAAGGAAGGUUAUCACAAGGAUUAUAAGGCAACGGUGUUCAUCGUUAAAGAAGGAAUACAAAACAAACGCUUUUGUGUAAUCCACAAGUUUGCUUCAAACAACGGAUUUAUUUGUGAAGAAAAACUUUCAGAGAGAGUGACUCACAUGAUCUCAGAACUUAGAGAUAUGGGACAACUAAGCCGGCUGUAUCCUUCACUCUCAUCAUAUCAUCACAUCAAAGUUGUCUCCAUGCAGUGGCUGUACAGUUGUGUCAGAAAGAAAUCUCUCUUACCUGAAGAAGAGUUUACAAUACCAGGAUAUUAUGAUUGGCUGUCUCAGAAGAUGCAACAGCCACUGAAAGCUACCACUUUCCACAUGGUGUCCCAAAUCCAAGAGGAAAAAUGUCACAGUGAAAGUUACUUGUCACAUAAUGAUGAAGAACCCCUCAGGAAUGACGCCCACACUGAUGGCAGUGUUGCUUUCAUGACAGAACACGUGCCUUUUGACAAGGAUCACUUCAAUAGUAAUAUGUUGGAGAGAAAUGCCCCACUGAAACACUUCAACCUACAACUUAUGGAACCGUUGGCGUUUUUAAGUGACUACUGGAUUGUGAUGGGAGAUGAACGAAGAUCUCUAGCCUAUGCCAAAGCAGCUGCUACCAUCAAGUGUCUUCCCUUUCCUGUAACAAUGAUGGAACAGGUAAUAGACUUGAAAGGUAUAGGAACUGGACACAGCCUUAAAGUGCUUCAAGAAACACUUGAGACUGGCACUUGCAGGGAGAUGGUGGUUAAGAAAGACUUUGAGAAAUACAAAGUUAUGAAGAGUUUGACUGGUGUGUAUGGUAUUGGAUCAAGUCUAGCUGAGAAGUUGUAUAGCACUUACAAUAUCAGAUCUGUUCAAGAUAUCAUCAGGCUGUGGAAUGAAUUGAAUCUUUCUGAUGAAAGAAUUAAAUAUGGUUUAGCUUAUUAUGCAGACUUAAACUCUCCUGUUCCAAGGGAGUCAGCAGACAAAAUAAAAGAUAUAGUGAAGAAUGAAUUAGACAAAGUCAAAGCAGGAUGCACAGUGGAAAUAGCAGGUGGAUUUCGCAGAGGGAAACUGAGUGGCCAUGAUGUCGACCUCCUAAUUAGAUGUAACAAGAAGGGAGAAGAGAGAGGUGUUCUUUCCAAAUUGUUGAAGCAACUUAAGCAUAGAGGUUAUAUUCUUCAAGAGAAAAUGGUGAAAUCAACCUACGACGAUGAUGAUGAGGUACAGUGAAAGAUAGUCAAGUGUACUGUUUUUUUCUUUUCAGGAAGAACACUA